AUAUAAUUUGUGAGUACGAGAUGAAAUCAGCCAUCAGAAAUAGUAAAAUCGUCGUCUGAUAAUUUAUAGCAUCCGCUUCCUCACCGGACGAGCCCUAGAUUUUCUCUGCCCCCCCUUUUCUCGCUUCCCUUUCCAUCUAUACUUUCUCAGGCAAAAUGGCGAAUGCGGCUUCGGGUAUGGCAGUGCACGACGACUGCAAGCUCAAGUUCCUUGAGCUGAAGGCCAAGAGGACUUACCGCUUCAUUGUCUUUAAGAUUGAGGAGAAGCAGAAGCAAGUUGUGGUUGAAAAGGUUGGGGAGCCCACCAAUAGUUACGAGGACUUCGCUGCAAGCCUCCCUGCUGAUGAGUGCCGAUAUGCUGUCUAUGACUUUGAUUUCGUGACAGAGGAGAAUUGCCAGAAGAGCAGGAUCAUUUUCAUUGCUUGGUCUCCUGACACUGCAAAGGUGAGAAGCAAGAUGAUUUAUGCAAGCUCCAAGGACAGGUUCAAGCGGGAGUUGGAUGGUAUUCAGGUGGAGUUGCAAGCAACUGAUCCUACUGAGAUGGGAUUAGACGUUAUAAGGAGCCGCUCCACUUAGAAUGUACAUUUCUCUAUCACUUAUGCUAUUAAGUGUUUGCCGUGGUAUUCCGGUCCUAUACUGCUACGAUAUGACAUAGCUUUCCGGGAUAUGGAACUUUGCAUUUGUAUGAUGUAUUGGCUUGUCCCCUAUCUACUGCCUAUAAAGUCUCUAUCUUCCAUCCAGAAUACUCCGGGACAAGUGAUUUGCUCUACAUGGGAUGUUCCGGGUAUAUUUUCAUUGCCAUGUAAUGGUAUUACCUCGACGAUUGUUUGUGGUGGUGGGAAUUUUAUCA